AUGGAAAACCCUGAACAGCUGGCGCAGUUGCGCGUCCUGCAACGCCAGUACUUCCAACUGGUCGAGCCACAACAGCUGAGAUGGCCGGACGAUGCAACCUUGAAGAGGCCCCUGGUGCAGGCAUGGCUGUUCGGCAACUUGUUCGACCCGUCCAAGAUUUCCUCGCCACCACCGGCUCGCUACCAGCUUAGGGUUCUGAAGGAACUUGUCGGGAAACUCGAGCGGUCCAUGACUGACCCUGAGGAGGAUGAAAUCUCAGAUGAUAUCAUGGAAGCAAUGACAACUUUACUGGUGGCCAGCUUACCUUCUGAAACGGAUGCCGCUCAGCAGAAAGCUUUUGUGACGUACUCGUUCCCCCAACAGUCGACUGACGACAGCGAUUCCGGUGAGCAUGCCGUGACGCUAUUGGAGGCCCGUUCCGUCAUUUCCUCGUCUGGAACGACGGGUCUGCGAACAUGGGAAGCCGCUUUACUACUUGGAUCUUACCUUGCAUCCGAGUCUGGCCACGUGUUCAUCAAGCAGAAACGAGCGUUUGAACUUGGUGCGGGGACGGGUAUGCUAUCCAUACUGUGUGCGAAGCACCUGGGUGUGGCUGGUAUCGUGGCCACGGAUGGCGAUGAGGCUGUGGUGGAUGCGAUCAAGACCAAUCUCUUUCUGAACGGACUCGAUGUCGAUGACGAUUCUGGCUGUCAAGUGCGUACAGCAGCACUCAAGUGGGGCUAUCCAGUCGACGCAACAACAUUUUCAGAAGAUUACGGAAUGGAGGUUCCAGACGUUGUAAUAGGAGCAGACGUGACCUAUGACAAGUCGGUCAUCCCACGCUUGGUUUCGACUUUGAGAGAAUUCUUCGACCUGAACCCGGCGCUUCUAGUUUUUAUUUCUGCGACCAUCCGCAACGAGCAGACGUUCGAGACUUUCUUGAACGCGUGUGAGCGGAACAGGUUCAGUUUCGAACGGGUUGAGUGGCAGCUGGUGCCUGAGCAUGUCCAGGAAGGCCCGUUUUAUCCAACAUCAACGCCGAUCCAGAUCUGGAGAAUUGCAAGAGGCCAGAACACAAAUAACCUGUUUGGUGUAUGACAUGGAUUGAGUGGGAAAAAAAGUCUUGCCUGUCACAUGCGAGGUGCGUACGAAUUGAAGUGCACGUACGGUGCUGAUACUGUGGAUUAUCGGCAGCGGCAAGGUUUCAGGAUCGGGAGAGAACAAAAAUUUGAUGAUUCACUUUGUCUGGGACGGCGGGUAGGCGAGUAGUCUGUCGUUGUCGGGCCUUUGCUGCGCGGCCGCUAAGGGAGAUAGCUGCUACUAUACGCGAGUAGAAAACAAAAUGGGACCCGCAUCUUUGCUAUGCACAGCCAGAGGGCCGGU